UCUCUUUGAUAGCCCGUUGUCUUGAUGUGCUGAUUGAUCUUUCAUACUUGAGUUAUUGUAAUAACUAAUGUAAUGACAAACCUAUGUUUACUUGUUUAGGAACGGAACAUUAGAAGUGAAUAAAUGACUAACUGAUUACAUUAUCAUUAUUAGUGGAAUGUUAAUACUUGAAUAUCUGAUAGGAAUAUAAUUAUUGUUGUUUGAAUAUACUUAAGCAAUAAAUCUUUAAAAUGUAUUAAGACGUGAAAAGGAUAAUAAUAAUAAUGAUUUGGUAAAAAGUGAAUCAUUUAUUUCUAGCGGAAAAAUGGGUUAUUAAACAUAAUGGCAUGAUUUUCAUACAUAAGUUUCUGUGGGACGAAUAACAAUGACAUAAUUUAAUGACUUUGUCAAGUGAGGUUUACUGUAAUAGACAAAAUGAAAAGUCCAACCAUUAGGGAAAAUUAUGAAAAUGCAUCUUUUACAUUAGGUCUUUCUCUUGCAAUUUUAUCUAGUGUGUUUAUUGGAUGUAGUUUUAUUAUAAAAAAGAUUGCAUUGAAGAAAGUUAAUACUUUGGGAAUUACAAGAGCUUCGGCUGGAGGAUAUGCAUACUUGAAGCAAUGGAUGUGGUGGUUUGGCCUUUUGACAAUGGGUAUAGGGGAAGCUGCAAACCUGUUAGCAUAUGCAUUUGCUCCAGCGGCAUUAGUUACACCUUUAGGUGCACUAAGUGUGCUUGUUGCCGCAAUACUUUCUUCAAGAUUACUCCAAGAAAGACUUAAUUUCAUUGGAAAGAUCGGAUGUUUUCUAUGUGUCAUUGGUUCAAUUAUUUUUGUCAUACAUUCACCUAAAAAUGAGGAGAUAAGUAAUUUUUCGGACCUUUCUAAUAAAUUGACUGAUUAUAUUUUCUUAACGUAUGUCUCAAGUAUUAUAAUUAUGAGUUUGAUACUAAAAAUAGUUUUUGUUCCAAAAUUUGGUAAUACCAAUAUAGUUGUGUAUCUGUUAAUUUGUUCGGCUGUAGGUAGUUUAACUGUAGUGUUUUGUAAGGGUGUAGCUUUAGGUAUUAAGGAAACAUUGAAUAGUGAUAUAAAUAAUCUAACUAAUUACAUGUUUUGGUUGCUUCUAUUGCUGUCAAUAUUUUGUAUAAUGGUACAAAUGAAUUAUUUAAACAAAGCACUAGAUAUAUUUAAUACAAGUAUUGUAACACCAGUGUAUUAUGUAAUGUUUACAAUAUUAGUCAUAAUUGCAUCAGGUAUCCUCUUUAGAGAAUGGGAGCACAUGAAAACUGAAGACAUUCUAGGUUCCUUCUGUGGUUUUCUCAUAUUAAUGACAGCAGUAUUCACUCUUAAUGCAUUUAAAGAUAUUGACAUUUCAUUUGAAGACUUAAAUUUAAAUUCUAGACAGAAUAUUUCAAAGCAAGAUUUAGAAGCCUCAAAUAAUACUAAAUUAGCAAGAAGGAUGAGAUAAAGUAUGAGUGAAAAUAUUUUACUAUUAUUUUACUCUUCUAGAAUAGAGCUACUAAUUUAAUACAAAAAAAUAUUUAUUAAUUAAUAAAUUAAGAUAUUAUUUCGUAAUAGUUUAAUUAUUUAAAAAUAUAACAUAUUCUUAUAGCCAAUACCAACUGCCAGAUAAACUAGCAUUAUAAUUAAAUUAUCAAGGAAUGCGUUUAUAUGACAUAUAUCACAAGUACACAGUGACUGAGUGGUAAAUAAAAGUUCUGCAAAUAGGACAUGUACGCUGGUAUCCAUAAAGGCGCAUGCAACAUUCAGUACAAAGACAAACAUGACGGCAUGGCAAAGUCAACACACAUUUCUGUCUCUCCUGACAGAUAACACACAAAGCAUCUGUAGAAUUUGCCGGAUCCUCGUCAUUAUCAUUCAAUAAAUGUACAUCUGAAUUUCUUGAAACAACUGGCUGCCCACCAUCAACCAUUUGAGUUAUUAUUCUCACUUCUGAGUUUGUACAAUAAUUAUAAAGGACAUAAUAUAUAUAUGUAACUUUUCUUAUUAGAGUCCAAUAAAAACUUAAAAUCUGUGAAUGUAUGACUUCUCUAAAAUGUAUGCACAAUCGUACAAUUAUCAUGGCAGUAACUAUUCCCAUAAAUGAUUGCAGAGGUACAUCUGACAAAAAGUUUGUAAUUUUCAACAAAGCCAAAUACCCAUCAAUAACAUUGUUCACGAUUAUAUCUUUUAAAUAUUUAAAAAAUAUUUUUAUCAAAUAAGGCAAUUGCACAGGCACAAAUGUAAGCACAAGCCAUAAGGUAUCACCACAGAAAACCACACUACACUUUAGAAUGUGGAGCACUUCGCCAAUGAUGAAUAUCGUACUGGAAAGAGUCAUUUUAAUAUUGCUUAUUAUCAUAUUGACUUUAAAUGUUGUUUCACUGCUGAAUGUUGACAAUAUAUUCUGUAAAUUAGACCAUUGGUAAUAUAUCGCCUCGUUUAAGUUACUGGCCAAGUUGGGCAGGUCAUCAGUGAAUAUAAUAAUAUUGUCUUCA